ACAUACAUACAAACAGACCCGGCAAAUGAGUGUCGUUUUGUUUUGAUUUGGCAGCUUGAGCUAUGUGGAUAGAAGCGAGAAAAGCGAGAAUACAAGCGCAAGUUUUUAGUAACAAAAUAAUUUUAAAACAUUUGGGACCAUCACUGAACUUUUGUGAACAUUGAAUAACAGUUUUGAUGGAUGAUUACGUUAAGUCAAUUCUUCUAAAAUGGGAACUACCAGAGCUGAUACCCACAUUCCAAGAUGAGGAAGUAAACGAAAAGGCAUUCAAAUGCCUAACGGAUGAUAUCGUUCGAGAACUUAUACCGAAACUGGGAAAACGUGCCAUUUUCAACAAAGCCUAUAAAGAAUAUUGUAAAUCUUUGAAGAAUGGGGUCGAUCCUGGUAGAGCCGUACCAGACCCGAAACCGGAUUGUAGAUCGUUGGUAUCAUCAGAAACAGAAAAUCGAUCUGAAAUACUUUUGGACAAACCAGAGAAGAACUCAUUGUGUGAGAUACACCAAAACGUCGAGCUGUGUGAGGAUGUAAAGAUUGAUAUCGUAGUGAAGGACGAAUUCCCCACAUUGGAAAAUGAUAAUCCGAACAGUGAAGAACCUCAAAUCAUCACCACGACAUCCAUAAUAGAUGAUCCAUACGAUGAGUCUCAGCCUUGUCAAGCGCCACCUAUUGUCUCUGAUGUUGAAAUUGAAACCGAAGCUUGUGAUGAAAAUCCAGAACUAUCGGGCGAAAAUUUUGAUUCGGAUGCGACCCAUGGAAUGCUGAUAGAUUCGUACGAAACACAGCUGCCAAAGAUUGAUAGCAACGAUGGCAUCGACCAAACUACUGCUGAAUCGCAUGCAAAGGAAACCCUGAUAACAGUAGUCGAAUAUUCAGGGGAUGAGGAAUCAGAAUCUUCAGCUAUCGAAGUAAUUAAGCACAGUCCACAAUCGCUGAAGGAAGUGGAUGAAAACGAUGGGUCUUGGUACGGUGAAGGUAGUAGCCAUAAAUCGGCAACAUCUAUUAUUGAGGAUGAAUUAGAACAAGAACCGUCAACUUCCAUCCCAAAUGAAGAUACAACAAUAACCGAAUCUCAACAAGAACCGGAAGCUGAACCAGAACGUCCAACCGCAAUCGAGUUUCUGGAUGAUAACCCAUCGCGAAUCACGUUCAGCAUCUCAGCUCUUACCAAUCCGUCUGAUGCAGACCUCAAAAAUGGCGAAUCUCUGCGACAGCUUUUGAAUUCCUCCAGCUCUAUUGGUCACCUAUUGGGGAAACCGUUCCUAACGCGUUCUUCGAGAAACACUCUGGCCGAGGGAAUAGUGGAACACUUGUGCGCUACGAACGAAGGCCUAUUGAGCAGGGAACUGUUGCGAAAAUGGGCUCGGGCUGUGGAACUGGUGUUCAAGCAAGAGAUCAACGAGCUAUACUUCAGGGAGUCCGAGGAUGGAUACACGUGCGGUGGCAAGCUGGUUCAAUGUUGCGAGCGACUGGGCCGAACCAUGGAAGGAAUGUGACUGGAAAUUGUUUUUGAAUUAAACUACUUUUGAAAAGUCUGGAAGAAACUUUUUUUUUUCAUCAAUUCAUUUGGUCGACUUUUUGUCGUUGGGAAAGGAAAUAUUGUCGUUGUUGUCGUUGGCCUAGGAAAUACUGUCUAGUUUGCGAAGAUUUUUGAAUAACUGAAAUUCAGUAAUCCAUGCAUUUUAAAUUAAGAGAAAGGGUUUUUAAGAAGCUUUUUUUGUCCUUAUGUAGUAUGGCUGGCUCGUCUCUAUUGAAAGAAAAGAAAAUAAUAAUGAGUUUUUUGGUGGCUGGCCUUUUCCAAUACUUUUAUGCAUUUAUCAAAGAAAUUCUGAUUGAAUUCCAGUAGGAGCUAAACCUGAAGUGUCUCAGAUGAUCAUGCACUUGUUCUACGUAGUUUGCUGCAGUGGACAAAUAAAGUUUUUUUUUAAUUUUCUAUGCGACCCAAAUCUCAAAAUAAGUUCUGUGUAUCACUUUGGGGCUGUGCAUCGUAGACCAAAAUUUUACAUUUUCAAAUCUCCCUACUCCUAGUAGACUUUUCUAGACUCUUCUUAUUUUCUUAACUUUUCUUGUCCAAAUUUUACAAAAUAUUAUAUAUGUAUGUGAUUGGAAAAAUAUAGAUAUCGAACAAGUUUUUAGUAAAUCAGCUAUUCAAAUCCAUUUCA